UUUGGUACCUACCCCUGUCUCCAUCCUUGCUAUUUAAUGCUUAUCAGAACCAAGAGAAAGCUAUAGGAAGAAGAGAAUUAAAGACGGAGCUUCUCACGUACGACCAUGGUUGGAAAGAAUAACACUUUGCCGUUGCUUGACCCUCGUGAUCCGCCGGAACUCAACGGAACCAAACCGGCGUCUAAAGUAUGGGCCAAAGAGUUCGGCGAAGAGUCCAAGCGGCUUUGGGAGCUAGCGGGGCCGGCGAUCUUUACAGCCAUCAGUCAAUACUCUCUCGGCGCACUCACUCAGACUUUCUCAGGUCGUCUCGGCGAACUCGAGCUCGCCGCUGUUUCAGUUGAGAACUCUGUCAUCUCCGGUCUUGCCUUUGGUGUCAUGUUAGGGAUGGGGAGUGCGUUGGAGACAUUGUGCGGACAAGCAUAUGGCGCGGGACAGAUUAGGAUGAUGGGAAUAUAUAUGCAACGUUCGUGGGUCAUUCUCUUUACCACUGCUUUGUGUUUGCUUCCCGUCUACAUUUGGGCUCCUCCUAUUCUUUCCUUCUUCGGCGAAGCUCCUAAGAUCUCUAAUGCCGCGGGGAAAUUCGCACUGUGGAUGAUUCCACAACUAUUUGCGUAUGCAGCCAACUUCCCGAUACAGAAAUUUUUGCAGUCACAGAGGAAAGUUCUUGUGAUGGCUUGGAUCUCUGGAGUGGUUUUGGUUAUACACGCAGUAUUUAGUUGGCUCUUAAUCCUUUACUUUAAGUGGGGACUUGUAGGUGCAGCCAUCACUCUCAAUACCUCGUGGUGGUUGAUUGUUAUUGGUCAGCUUUUGUAUAUUUUAAUCACUAAAUCAGACGGUGCAUGGACUGGAUUUUCUCGGCUGGCGUUUCAGGACCUCUAUGGAUUUGUUAAACUUUCCUUAGCCUCUGCUGUUAUGCUCUGUUUGGAGUUUUGGUACUUGAUGGUUCUAGUCGUUGUUACCGGUCUUCUUCCUAAUCCGUUGAUACCAGUCGAUGCCAUCUCCAUUUGCAUGAACAUAGAAGGGUGGACUGCCAUGAUAUCAAUAGGGUUUAACGCUGCCAUAAGUGUAAGGGUAUCAAAUGAGCUGGGUGCGGGAAAUGCAGCUUUAGCUAAAUUCUCGGUGAUAGUUGUCUCCAUAACUUCAACUCUUAUUGGGGUUGUGUGCAUGAUUGUUGUCUUAGCCACAAAAAACAGUUUCCCUUAUCUUUUCACUUCUAGCGAAGCAGUGGCAGCAGAAACCACAAGAAUAGCCGUCUUGUUGGGCUUCACUGUCGUCUUGAACAGCCUCCAGCCCGUCUUGUCAGGGGUUGCGGUUGGAGCUGGGUGGCAGGCUCUUGUUGCAUACGUUAACAUUGCGUGUUAUUACAUUAUUGGACUUCCUGCUGGUCUUAUUCUUGGAUUCACACUAGACUUUGGCGUUCAGGGAAUAUGGGGAGGUAUGGUAGCUGGAAUAUGCUUGCAAACACUUAUAUUGAUUGGAAUCAUCUACUACACUAAUUGGAACAAAGAGGCUGAGCAAGCGGAGAGUCGGGUUCAGAGAUGGGGAGGAACAGCUCGGGAGUGAUCAACUCUUGGGAUCAUCAAUCCUCGAUUUCUCUUUUUUUUGUUCUGUCACCAGAACAAAAUGUAUCAAACCCCUCUAUUUGUUUUUUUUUUUGCUUUUUACCGAUAUGCCUAAACUGAAGUUAACGAGUCUCUCUGGGAAUGUUAGAGGGGUUUUGUUAGUUUUAGUCCUACUCUUAGAUCUGGGAUGGUUUACUGAGUUAAACAUUUGAUUAACUGAACUAUGAGGUUUGAUUUUCAUAGGCUUGUUGAUCGUCAGAGUUGAUCCAAAAUGAUGACGUGCGAAUCCAUUAUGGAGUGACAUGUACCCAUUCUUCACGAAGGAUGAUAUUCGGUUCAUUAGGGGUUUGCCCAUGAUAUUGGAAGAAUGUCUCAUGGAGAAUUUGAAAUAUCUUUGUUUUCAGGUAUAAAUAUAAUUGAUCA